AUGUCACCUUUCAUAUGUCAAGGGUUGUCAAAGAAGGUCAACAAUUAUUUGAUCGAACGAAAAUAAAAAUAAAAUUUUUCAAAAAUGUCUAAUUCUAUCGUCAAACUGUUGGCGUUAGAUAAACUAUUCAACUUAUUUAAUAUGGUCAAGCAGAAUGGUGGUAUCAGAGGAUCUUUGUACAAACUUUACAGGCAAGAAGAAUUGAAAGACGGCGUUUUAGUCGGUGAAGAUGAAUUAGGAAACAAGUACUACGAGAAUCCGCGCUACUUCUACAGCAGGAAUCGCUGGGUGGAAUACAAUGACAAAGCCUACUUGAACUAUGACGGCAGCCAAGUGUCCGCUGAAUGGUACGGCUGGCUUCAUUACAAAACCGAUCUUCCACCCCAUAAGGAUCCAAGCCGUCCUAAAUACAAAUGGAUGGCUGAAUUCACUGAGAACAUGUCUGGAACCACCGGCCAAUAUGUACCAUACAGCACAACUCGCGAAAAAGUUGAGGCUUGGGUACCGAAACAGAAAAGCAGUGCUUAAAAAAAUACACCUUCAACAAAUUAAACUUUUUUUUGCAAUAAAACCUCCUUUUACAGAUUUCGGCGCCAAUUUUUGACAUUUAAAGUGCAUUGCAAUUUGUCAUAGUUUAGUUGUAAGUAGAAAAUGAAAUAAAAUCUUGUUUUAUUUUU